AUGGCGGGAAGCGGCAAUAGCAACCAUCGCAGUGUCGGGCACAGCGGCGACGUAAAUCUUCCGGCCACGAGCAAUGUCCCUGCCGCUGUUCGCAACCUUUUGACGUCGACAAAACAACUGCCGAGCAUACUUUCGAGAUGGGCCCGUGGGGAGGCGUCAGAGACUGACGUUUCCAAUGUCUAUGUCCGUGUUGGAACCGACUUCAACGCUGCUGUCCAGGCUUUUGCGAUUCAUAGCAUCGACUUGAGCGACCUUCACUCUAUACCCAGCGAACUUCGCACUGUCCUUGAGCAAUGCCUGGCAGAAGAUCCGUCCCCAGAAAUUCUCGCCAUGUUUGCGCCUGAUCUACGCGCGGUUAUCGUCAAACUUCUCCGAGGACUACAGGCAAAACAAGAUGCAUGGAAGCGCGCCAAAGCGAGCUCGUCCGCCAACGCCAGUCCAAUAUAA